AUGCCUCCUUCCAUUUCCAAGAAACGCAAGGUCCUCGAUGGCCUCAAGGGCAAAACUGGCCGCCCCAAGAAGUUUCGCAAGCAAGCCCAGUAUCACAGCUCCGACGAGGAUGAGGAACAGGCCGAUUUCCCCGCCGUCUCUCUCGCGGAUUCGGAUCAAGAGGAGGAUGGCGGUGUGGCCGUAAAGGCCUCGACAGCUGCUCGGCCCUCCAAAAAAAAGCACGCAAAGUCUGCGCCUGCCCCACAACAACAAUCCGACGAAAGCUCCAGCGACGGCGCAGAGGAGGAAGAAGAGGAAGAGGAUGCGGGAGUUGAGGACGACGAAGCAUCUGGAGAAGACGACUCGUCCGGCUCUGAAACAUUAGCCACAGGGGCGAACCGCAAAUCUGUUUCAAAGCGCAACGACCCUACCGCAUUCUCCACCUCCAUCUCCAAGAUCCUGUCUACGAAACUCCCUACAGCUGCGCGAGCCGAUCCCGUCCUCUCGCGAAGCCGAAAUGCUGCCCAGACGAGCAGCGAUUUGGCAAAUGAAAAGCUCGACCAACAAGCACGAGCCAAGCUGCGCGCUGACAAGAAAGAAGAGCUGGAUCGGGGCCGUGUGCGCGACGUGAUGGGCAUCGAAAGAGGCAUGACUGGCGCCGUGACGGAGGAGGAGAAGCGCCUGCGUAAGAUGGCCCAGCGGGGUGUGGUCAAGCUGUUCAAUGCUGUUCGCGCUGCCCAGGUCCGUGGCGAGGAGGCUGCCAAGGAUGAGCGCCAGAAGGGGACUGUCGGUAUGGGAGAGCGGGAGAAGGCCGUCAACGAGGUCAGCAAGCAGGGGUUCCUGGACUUGAUCAAUGGGAAGAAGGGAAAGCCCUUGAAUAUCGAGGAGGCAUAA